CUGAGACGGCAGUGGGUCAGUAAAGUGUCGAUGAGCUCAUAUGAGCAGUACAGCGGUAACGCACAGUAUAACAUUAUAACACCUGAGCGUCGUUGUAGAUAACUUUCGUGCAUAUACCUAUCAAUCACAUUCGUGAACCUGAUAUUGGAAUUUGAUGUGGUAUCCAACAUGGCCGAAUCAGAAGCCUCCAACAAGCCAGACAUAGCGUUCAUGAAAAACUUGCUGCGCAAAUACGAAAAUGAUUCGGCCCUCGAGGUUGAGUCUGUGGGUGUAAGUCCAGGGUGCGAUAAAGGAGACAAUUAUAUGUCAGUUAUAAAUCGCCUCGCUGUCACAGGAACCACCGGAAAUGGCUUACCUUAUAGGAAAAGUUUCAUUUGUAAAAGUCUCCCUCCAAAUGAAUAUCAUCAGGAGAUUUUUCAGAGUAAAGAUCUCUUCGCCAAUGAAGCCGCUAUGUAUCAAAUUUUUCCAGUUAUUCUUGGUAAAGACCAGAAAAUAGUUCCUGAUUGUCUUCAUGCGGAUUCCCAGUGGAUUAUCCUAGAAGAUUUAAAACCAGAGGGCUUCGUUCUCGGAGAUAGAACCAAAGGUCUGAAUUUCGAACACACGAAAUUGGUACUUGAGACCCUUGCAGAACUUCAUGCAGCGUCCUUUAUCUUCGAGCAUACCGAGCCGUCGAGAUUUCUUGAUUUACGGAAAAAUGUAGUCGAGAUACUUUUUCCCGAUACGGAUCCCCCAGGUAUUGGAAAAUUUGUUAAUGAUCUACCCAACUUUACAAUUUUAUGUUUGAAAACUGCUGCGACACCGGAAGAUGACAAUUCGAAAGAAAUUAAUUUCAUGUCAGAGCAUCGAGGAAAAAUUUACGAUGUUGUGAAGGAAACCGUCAAACCUUCUAAGUUUUCGGCGCUUUGUGCUGGAGAUUUGUGGAUUAACAAUCUGUUAUUCAAGUACGAUAAAAAAAAUGGAAAGUUGGGCCUCAGUGAUGUACGGUUUCUGGAUUUUCAAGUCUCCCGAUACGCACCAAUCGUUGUAGAUAUUUUGUAUUUCUUCCAUACGAGUGUUCAACAUGAACUAUUGCUCGAAAAAAUGGACGAUUUUUUACAAAUUUAUCACACAAAAUUGCGGUCGAAGUUAUCAGUAUUAUCUGCAGAGAUAGUUGAAAAUAUUACGUUCGAAUGGUUGCUAAGUGAAAUUGAAAAAUACAAAUAUUACGGCUUGUUCAUGAGUCUCUGGCUCGCGCCAGCAGCCAUGAUGGAUGCUGAAGACGCUCCUAACGAUUUGGAAAUAGCCACCCAAACAGCGGAAAACGAAGUCGCCGUUGACUACUGGAAAGAUAAACUGUCUCCACGACUUUUGAAACGAAUUGUUCAAAAAUGUAAAUAUUUUAUAAGAUAGGCUCUAUCGAUUACGUGAAUUGAUCAUUUGAAAGGAUGAUAAUUAUUGUACAAUAUACAUUACACAUAAUAAUAACGAUUGUAUUUUUUCUUUUA